AUGCAUCUUUGGUGCGUUAAGACCAUGCAAUCAAUGGUUUUUGAAGGAGCGUAUACGGAGAAUGUAACGGAUACGGUCUUCAACAAAACUCUCGGACGCGAUCCGUGGAUUACCUUCGUUGAAAAGGACGGCAAUGAAACCCUUGGCAUGUUUUAUGAGUAUACGGAAAGCGUCACCAUUGUUGGAAACAGCGGAUUCGACUACACAAUCAGCAACGAGACACACACCAACAUCCUCUCCAUCUUCGAUGACGUCUUUCCUUCGACGUAUACAGUCACAAAUACCACGGAUAUGAAACAGGCUGAGUUGCGCUUCCAGCAGUACAAAACCGCCGGCUACCGAUCACGGAAUGAGGACUACAAUCCCUUCCUCUAUGACAACAUUACAUCUCACUUGAACAAUAUGGCUAGCGAUUUGACCAACAUCGUAAGGUCAGCAAAGAGCUCGAUUGAGAUGAUUCCGGGUCCAGCAUCCGACCUUGUGAGUGUCGUCGAGGUCCGAUGGGAAUGGCUUUCUCUUCCAAUCGGCCUCCUUAUCUUCAGCUUUGUCUUCCUGGUGGCAACCAUCAUACGAAGCUCUAUGGCGCAGGACGUGGGCGUAUGGAAGACUUCGGCCAUCGCAACUCUGCUUUAUGGCCUCCCAGACGAUGUGCGGGAGAAGGUAACGUCCGCUAAGGACAAAGGAACCCCGCGAGCAAAUGCGAAACGUACAAAAGUGAAGUGGCUUCCUGGGGUCGGGUGGAGGCUCUCGGGCGCGAGCGCGUUCUCACCAUCUCCUCUAAGAUCUCGUCACACGCCUCCGCGGGCGAAAUGGAAGGAAUAA